AUGCCACACAAGAUGGUUGAUCCGUUCGGCGAUGUUUCUUCAAAGGCACCUAUUCCGGUGACAUUAUUAUCGGGUUUCCUGGGCUCUGGUAAGACCACUUUACUUCGGCAUAUCUUAACCUCGCCAGAUACGAAAUUGAAGAUCGCGGUGGUCGUCAACGACAUGGCCAGCCUCAACAUCGACGCUCAUAUACUCAAAAAGCACAUCGUCUCCCAAGCCAAUGAGAAUGACAAACUCAUCCAGCUCCAGAACGGGUGUAUUUGCUGCACACUCCGAGGUGAUUUGCUCGAAGCACUUGUGUCCAUGGCCAAGGUUGGAGAGGCGGAAUACAUCGUGAUUGAAAGCACUGGUAUCAGUGAGCCGAUGCAGGUCGCUGAGACUUUUACCGAAGAGUUCGCAGAGGCGAUGAUAGCUGCUGCCAAUGAGGAGCCGACAGACGGGGACGACAGCAUGCAAGGGCCUGAUAUCCAAGGUGCUGAAGUGAUAAAAGAGGUGGCGGAAAUGGGAGGUCUACACAAGUUCACCAGACUGGACACGCUGGUUACCAUGGUUGAUGCUUUCAAUUUUUUCAACAAUUUUUCGACGACGGACUUCAUUACCGAGCGAUGGGGUGGUGAGGCUGAUGUGGCUCCUGAGGAUGAGCGGACCGUGACAGACCUUAUGGUUGACCAAAUCGAGUUCGCAAACACAGUCAUUAUCAAUAAAGUCGACUGUGUUGACGAAGACACACGCUUACGGAUACAUGGUGUGAUCAAGAAGCUCAAUCCCUUGGCCAAAAUUAUAGAGUCGAAGUUCGCAAAAGUCGACAUUGGAGAGGUUUUGGCCACAUCGGUCUUUGAUUUCGAAAAGGCCGCGACUGGCAUGGGUUGGCUGCAAAGUCUGCACGAGAUGUCGAAGCGUGAGAUUGGCGGAAAGAUCAAGAUUGCGCCGAAGCCAGAAACCGAAGAAUAUGGCAUCUCGAGCUUCGUCUACACGGCGAGAAUACCAUUCCACCCUAAGAGGUUAUACGAGCUAGUCCAUGACAAAUUUGUCGUGAUGGAGAAUGCUGAUCAGGGCGAGGAAGGUGAGGAUGGUGAUGACGAAGAUGAGAUGGAGCAGAGCGAGGAGGGUGGAGAUACAUCGAUGGCGGAUGCCAGCUCCGAUGAGCAGAGCUCUGAGAGCGAUUCCGAUCCAUGGCAGGAUGUCGCUGACGAUGAGGCCGAUGAUGAUAAGGAACUAUCCAUACCUGUUGACAACAAGACAAUUAUCGAGAACAAGCGCAAUCAUCCUGUGUUCAAGGGCUUGCUGAGAUCGAAAGGCUUCUUCUGGCUUGCUACAAGACCGACCAUGCACGGAGCCUGGAGUCAAGCUGGUAAUAUGUUGACAAUGGAAGGUGGAGACCAAUGGUUUUGCGUCCAGGACGAAUCCGAAUGGCCAGACGACCCUGCAACUAGAGAGUCCAUCCUGAAAGACUUUGAAGACCCGUGGGGCGAUCGAAGGCAGGAGAUCGUGUUCAUUGGCGAGAAGCUGGAUAAACAGGCCCUCGAAGCGGAAUUCGGCAAAUGUUUGCUGAACAAGCAAGAAAUGCGGAAGUGGGAGCGUAUUAUGCGCAUGAGAAAGAGUGCUCGUGUCAUUCAACAAACCCUUGACGACACGUUUGAAGAUGGAUUUGAAGACUGGCCGGAACCCGACGCGAUGGCGGAAGCAGAUCGUCAUGAUCAUACAGGACACAAGCACUAG